GUACACACACACCAGCACCGUGCUUAGAGAGAUAUGCUCAUCAACAGAUUGCCCAGGGUGCAUCUGUACUGUUGACGUAGGUUUAUUACUGAGAUGACCAGUGUGACAGUGCCUUGCCGUUUGUUACACCAGUCUAGCGGUACCUCAGUACAGCGGCUGCCGGGUGUGAGGCUGAUAUCUUGCCAAGACCGACUGUGGCGUAUGUGAAAGAUUGUUGAGCGUUGCUAGGCCUGUACGGAUACGUUUACAAGGGUCUGUGUUUCGGUGCUAUGGCUGACAAUCUGAGUGCUGACGAAGUUUGAUCGUAAGCGCAGUGUUUUCGUCAAUGUUGUAAGUACGUCAAGCCACCAGUACCACACGAUGGUUGUGUGGUCUCAGGGAGUUUUUAGAUGAGCUUAAAAGACAGUAAGUUAAGGUUUAUUGAACGCAGGCAAGUCGCCAACACGUAGAGCAAGGUUCCCGCUGUAAAACGUCAUCUCUCCUGACAUGGAGGCUGCAUUGAUAUCCACGAUGGAUGUGACGGGGGGAGACCAGAAGGGGAGCCCGUGGGCCCAGCCGCGCAUGGCCCGGCCCAGGGAAGCGCCGCCCCGCUGGAGCGACUUCCAGCGGGACCUGACCGAGGAACGGCGCCGGGCCGAGUACGACCAUCGCCGCCGCAGGAUCGUCAUCAAUGUCAGCGGACUGAGGCUGGAAACCCAGCCGGACACACUGGCCCGAUUCCCCGAUACCCUCCUGGGAGACCCCGGCAGGAGACGCCAGUACUACGACGCCGAGAGGAGAGAGUAUUUCUUCGACAGGCACCGGCCGAGUGCUGAGGCCAUCCUCGCUUUUUACCAAACUGGUGGGAAGCUCCAUCGACCCAGUGAAGUCCCCCUCGACGUUUUCACAGAUGAGCUUCGCUUCUUCGAACUGGGGGAUGACGUCAUAGCGAAUUACCGCAGAAAGGAAGGCUUCGGCGCCGCCAGCUCACAAUCACUCGCCCCGAGCGCCUGUUGCGGCAAACUCUGGCUCUUCCUGGAGUUCCCCAAGAGUUCCCUCUGGGCUAAAGUGUACGCCGUACUCUGUGUGGGUUUUAUCCUCCUGUCCAUCUCAAGUUUAUGUCUGGAGACGUUGCCGAGUUUCUCGGAGCGCGUUCAGGACCCUGAGGUAGAAUUCACGACGGAGUUUUUCUGGAUAGAGACGGUGUGCGUGGCGUGGUUCACGUUAGAGGUGGUGCUGAGGUUCGUGGCGUGUCCCCGGAAGAAGGACUACUUCAGGAGCGUGCUGAACGUGUUCGAUGUGCUCGCUAUCGUACCGUACUUCAUCACAGUGUCGGUGGUGCUGGCCAGUGACUGGGAGACCAGCGGGCUUUACCGCAAGGCGUCGCUGACUCUGCGGCUCAUGCGGCUGGUCCGCGUCCUGCGCAUCUUUAAACUCUCGCGGUACUCGGAGGGUCUGAAGAUGAUGGGCAGCACCCUGGCCGGCAGCGGCAGCGAUAUCGGCAUGCUGCUGGUCUUCAUGGUCAUCCUCGUCAUCCUGUUCGCCUCCGCCAUCUACUUCGUGGAACAACUGCAGCCGGAAGACUCCGAAUCACACUUCUCCAGCAUCCCUGACGCCUUCUGGUGGGCUAUCGUUACCAUGGUAACGCUGGGGUACGGAGACACCUACCCACAGACUGGAGCUGGUAAGUUUGUGGGUUCGCUGUGCGCCCUGGCGGGAAUCCUGACCAUCUCCCUGCCCGUCCCUGUCAUAGUGACACAGUUCGACCGUCUUUACAACCAGAAGAUGGAGAAAGACUGGGAAGAACGGGGGAAGAAGGACGCGACUACAGACGACGACGAGGAAGUAGAUUGAUUAGGCCACGACUUCAUUUCAGCAAGCAAUUUAAUGUCUUUAAACUCAGGCCAAAAAAAAAAUUAAACUAGUCUGUGGACCAACCAUACAGAACUAAGGCAAAGCAUCGGUUAAGCCACACUGACUUAAUUUUAUGGAUGACAUCCGCCGAAAACCCCCAAACUAGCCGGUGCGC